AACAUGUAGCUAGGCAGGCAUGGGAGGAAAUGUGUAUAUACUGGGUACACUGACAACAGUGAGCUGGCGGAUUGCACACAGAGGAGGCACAGCUGCCAGGCUUGCAUGCAUUGCUGCGCUGACACACUAGGAGAGGAGUACUGUGUGUGCCAGCUGCUGAACCAGGAAGAAAGCAGCCAAUGUCCGUGGUCAAUAAAGUUUUCUCUGUCCCUUGAAAAUGAUGUCACCAGAAUGAUGGCGGCGUGCUAGUGAGGCACAUGUGGGCGGCUGAGCAGCGGAUUUGGCAGCUGUAACCGGACUCUCGUCCCUCUUACUGUCACCGAGACUUGGAUCGGGUGCAGCAGCAAUCACUAGCGAUACGUAUUAGCAAAAAUGAAAUCACAAAAGGCUAAAAAGCCAGGAAAGCAAUACUCAAAAUUACUAAGUAAGGGCUUCAAAGUUACCGGAAAAUGGAAACCAGUCUCGCUGGACCCGAGUCUUUUUGCUGAUGAGAAAAUAGAUGAAAUCGUAUGUUUUGAGGAACUCACAGAUUAUAAACUAGUCAAGACUUCUAAAGAUUUUGUAGCAAAAGGGUCAAAAAGAAAACACAACGAGGACUCUGGACAGGAUGAUGAAGAGGGGAAUAUUGGCAAAAGUAAAAAGAAUAAAAAGCGUAAGAGAAAAUUUGAGGCCAAAAGAGUAAAGGAGGAAUCUGAGGAUGAGCAGGAGGAAAUAUUUCUUGGAGGGGAAGAAGCAGAGGAUGUCCCUAAAGCUGUGGAGGCUGAAGAGGAUUCAGCGCCUGUAGAAAAACCGGAAACCAGCCAUCUGAGAAAAAGGAAGAAGAGAAAAAGGAAGCCAAAGAAGAAACCACUGGAAUCUCAAGACAAAGCUCCAGUCGUCCAACCCUCAAAGAGGACCAAGAACUGGGCUGCAAGUUCCAUGACUGACACAGUGGGUAAGAACACAGAUGUUACUGCAUGGAAAAACCUGUGUGUUCCACAAACAGUUCUAGAGGCUCUCAGCUACUUGGGGUUUUCUGCUCCAACACCAAUACAAGCAUUGGCGCUCCCUUCAGCAAUCCGAGACAAAAUGGAUAUCUUAGGAGCCGCUGAAACAGGAAGUGGGAAAACGCUGGCCUUUGCCAUUCCUAUGAUCCACUCCGUACUGGAAUGGAGGAAAUCUCAGGAAAGUGGAGUCUCAGACGAAGAUGAAAACACAGAUGAGAAGAAUCUGGAAGUGGCAGAAGAUUCUGUGGAUGUAGAAGAAAGCACAAGUCAGGAUAAUGAUGAGGAGGAGGACAGUGGGGAAAAUAAUAAUGAGGAGGACGGUGGUGAUAAUGAGGAGGAGAAAGGCAGUGAUGAUGAGGACUCUGCUUCCAUGGGCUGUGUGCAGGCUGAGGAAGUUGUAGACAUAAAUUUUAAUGCUGCUCCUGCAGGAAGCGUUUCCCAGUGGGACAGGAAUAGACCGCUGCUCGGGCUUGUGGUCACCCCCACUAGAGAGCUGGCUGUGCAAGUUAAACAUCAUAUAGACGCCGUGGCCAAAUUUACAGGGAUAAAAACUGCAACGGUUGUUGGUGGAAUGGCGCCACAGAAGCAGCAGAGGGUGUUAAACCGAAGGCCAGAAAUUGUCAUAGCAACCCCAGGACGCUUGUGGGAGAUGAUCAGAGAGAGGCACCCGCAUCUGUCUAACUUUCGGAAGCUCAGGUGUCUAGUUAUUGAUGAAGCGGACAGGAUGGUGGAGAAGGGGCACUAUGCUGAGCUGACGCAGUUACUGGAGAUGCUCAAUGACACCUAUUAUAACCCCAAAAGACAGACCUUUGUGUUCUCUGCCACCCUGACUCUUAUCCACCAGGCUCCCGUCCGGCUGCUACAGAAGAAGACCUUCAAGAAAAUGGACAAGGAAGGCAAGCUGGGAAACCUCAUGGAUAAGAUUGGCUUGAAAGGGAAGCCCAAAGUGAUCGACCUGACCAGGAAACAGGCCACUGUGGAGACACUUACCGAGACCAGAAUCCAUUGCACCACUGACGAGAAGGACUUCUACCUGUACUACUUUCUGCUCCAGUACUCUGGAAGGACUAUGGUAUUUGCUAACAGCAUCGACUGCAUUAAGAGACUGACCUCCCUCCUCACCAUCCUGGGCUGUAACCCGCUCCCUCUGCACGCUAACAUGCACCAAAAACAGAGAUUAAAAAACCUGGAGCGGUUUGCUGACCGAGAGAGCUGUAUCCUCCUCACCACCGACGUUGCAGCUCGAGGUUUGGACAUACCCAACAUCCAGCAUGUUCUCCAUUACCAGGUCCCCAGAACGUCUGAAACCUAUGUCCACCGCAGCGGCAGGACAGCGCGAGCCUCUACCGAUGGCCUCAGCUUGCUUCUAAUUGGACCAGAUGACAUCAUGAAUUAUAAGAAAAUCUGCAGGACCCUGGAGAAGAACGAGGAGCUGCCGAUUUUCCCGGUGGAGCCGAAGUGCAUGACUGGCAUUAAGGAACGCGUCAAUCUGGCCAGAGCGAUUGAGAAGAUGGAAUAUUUCAACAGUAAAGCAAAGCAGCAGAAUUCCUGGAUCCAGCAGGCCGCUGAGGCCCUUGAAAUGGAUUUGGACGAUGAUGAUUUAAUAGGUGGGAAACCAAGUGAGCAAGAGACCAGCUUGAAGCAGAAGGAGCUGAAACUGAUGAAGAAGCAGCUAAAGCGACUCUUGGCCCAGCCCAUAUUCAAGAACAUCAUGAAAACAAAAUACCCAACACAGAGCGGCCGGCUGUCACUCCCCAGCCUCCCCUUCAGCAAGGCCGAGACUGCCCUCCACACCCUCUCCAACCAGAUGUCUAAGAAGAAGACAACACACAGACCCUGAUCAUAGUAUUUUAUUGUGAGCUUAUAUUGCAAAUACAAAGACGUGAAUUUUAUUACCAGU